CGAGGAUCGGUCUCGCCAGGGGGAGGCACUUGGCGGAACUAUGUAGGGAAGAGUAUCCGUAUUACGGGUUGAAUUUAUUGGAGCAAUUUCAUUAUCAUGAUGCUUUGGUGUUAUGGUUGCAGAAAGAUUCAUUGAUGGAGAUAAGUUUUCACAUUCCUAAUUCAACAAUUUGUAGGGUUAAUUUUUCAAUUGUUUUCAAUUGUAAACUGAACUGAUUAAAUGUUCUUUUAUCUCUCUGCUCUCCAGCCUCUUCUUCUUUGGUAUUUUCUGAUUGCAAGGUAAAAUUCAUCUCUCUUCCAAAGUUUUAGGGUUUUUUUUUUUAAUUCUUCUCUGGCCUCUCUUCCUGUGGAAUAUUCUGAUAUAACUUCAAUCAAUCAAUGUUGAUUAUGUAUAAUUGAGACUCAAUUAUCAGAAUAAUGGGUAUAUCAGAAUAUGGGUAUAUCCAAUAUAUACAGUCUUAUGUUGAAAAAAAGUAUAAUUGUAACUAAGUAACUAAGUAUAGAUAUACCCAUUACUGGAUAAUUGAGACUCAAUUAUCAGAAUAAUGCAAAAUUACAAUGUUUAUUUAUCAAAAUUUCUCUCUAGAAUGAUGCAAUGAGACCCCAUCUUGAAGGGUUUUAAAAGGUUAAAAUUCACUCACAUCAUUCUAUAGAAUUUUUUUUUGUAUAAUUUUUAUUUUUUUGUUUAUAUAACAUUUACUCUUGAGGUUUCAAUUUGAAGUCACCUCUAAUCUGUUUUAUUUGCUUCCUCAGAUGAAAAUUGAGCUAUUUCUUUUAUGUAUAUCAGUAUAUGUAUGCUUGUGUGUUUUUGUCACUGCUCUGAUGCCCUGUUUUGUUUUUUAUAGUGAAGUUCUUCAUCUUGCUGUUAAAUUUGUGGUGAGUAUAUACAUUUUUAUGUACUUGGUUAAGUAUAUACAUUUAUAUAUGUAUUUAGGGUAUUCAUGUAUAUAUGUUUUUUUGGUGUUUUUGCAUCUUUGUUUUGAUUUCCUGUUUUGGGUUAUUGGUCCUGGUAGCACUGAGGCCGUCAUAGAGAUAGACUUCACCUAUUACGCUGCAGGAAAAAUUUCUGCUGCGUUUUGUAUGCAGUUGCUUAGGCCUUCUCAAGAUAAGUCAGAUACAAUUGUGGUUCCUCUUGAAGCAGAACUAGGUGGGGAAUCAGCCAAUGAUCUUAUAGAUGCUGUUUCAGUAUCGCUUGAGACUCUACUGCCAUGCAAUUCCAGUGAUACUGUUGUUGUUGCUCUCUUGCUGAGAAAUGGCACUCCUCAUCUCUUGAAUGUUGUUAAGAUUAGUUUAAUUGGAGAAAGCACAAAGCUUUUCCAGAUUAAAUACAAGGAAGGCUUAAUACUUUUUCCUGGCAUCGACACACAUGUAGCUGUGGUUAGUUAUAUUCCCCUGCCCAUUGGGUUACAUGACUAUCCAUCUGAAAGUCCGGAUAUAAACUGGAAUUGUAAAUUAGUGAUACUGACAAAUGACUCAAGUAAUCCUCAGAUUGAGAUGCCCUGCAAGGAUAUAGUCAGUAUUUGUUCAAAAUUAGAUUCCUAUCUUGAGUAUGAACAACAGCCUGGAAAUGCAGAAAAUGCCAAUGCAAGAACAGGAUCUUUACGCAGCGGCGUGUAGUCACCAUCAUUGAUCAAGGUAUGCUCAUUCUGAUCCAUUUUUCUUUAGUUAGUACAAUGGCAAGGAUUUCACUGUCA